AAUAGGGAAUGGUAAUGUUAGAAUUUCAACACUAAUCAUGGCCGUGAUUAUUUUCCGGUCACUCUGAAUCCAGAAAUUGUGAAAUGCCAGGAUCGGCGUUAGGGUCAGCCGUUUGUCAAAUCUCGAGAAAUCUUUCCUCUUUCCGGCUCCGGAAUCCUUUUCUUUCUGUUGGCUCUACAUAACGAACCUUCUCUAACAAAGACCCAGUUCGAAAAAUUUCAUCUUUACUCUUCAAAACCCGAAAGCAGCAAUAAAAAUGGCGAUAUUGAUGGGUCUAAGUCUGCAGUGUAUAAUAGAUUUGGUGGUGGCCGGAGUUUCUCUGAUGAUCGGUCUGGGGAUCUUCGUUUUCAUUGCUUCCAUUCUUUGCUCUGCCGCUUUCUUGCACAACGCCAAGGAUGUCUCCUAGUCGGCAUACACCAACAGGAGUUAAGAAGUAGCAAGCUAGAGAGUGCAGUUUUGCUGUUUCCUAAGCUUGUGAACACCAGAUUGAUUAAGCUGUUGCAUUGACACACCGGCAUGUAUCUGAAUUGAGAAUGUAGGAAAUCAUCCAGUAUUCAACAAUAUAAAUUUCUGUAACAAAUUGCGCUUCACUUGUAAUCAAAAGCAAUUUCUUGUAUUUAAGCUAGUAUUUUCAAAUAUGGUCCUGGAAAACAGUAUCCCAUCCCAGCAUAAUUCUCAAGUUUCCUCCUCAACUAAAGAUGUUGAGGCAAACAGAAAUUCAAAAUAAAAGAAAAUUUUCUUGGUUUACUUCUUUUUUCUCUGUUUUCUGGAGUAGACCAUUCCUCGGAUUCCAUCUGGAUCGACCACGAAUCCGAGAGGCCUGUAAAACCCGAGAACACGGGGCUCCGAAUAUAAGGCAAUGUUGCAAAUUCCUUUCUGUAAAAGCUCCUCUAUCAGGCGCUCCAUCACAGCCUUUCCGAGCCCGAUUCCCUGGAACGACGGGUCCACCACCACAUCCCAUAUUAUGGCAUUGAAAACGCCGUCCCCAGUUGCUCUGGCAAACGCCACUGGCUUCUGGGUCUUGCUGUACUCCACCCAUAGCAGGGAGUCGGUGUGUUCCAGCGCCAGCUUGAUCUUCUCUGGGUCCCGUCUCGGGAACCCAACGGCCACGAAGACGGAUGAGAGCAUGUUCGAUUUCCACCCAGCAAGUUUCUUGCUAUCCUUUAUCAACAAUGAAGUUGCAGUCAGAUUUGCCAAACAGCUUGGCUACGAUGGGGAAACCAUGGCAUUUACCCAAGGAAAGAGUUUCAGAGAUACUGAGUUUACUGCAAAGGCUCCUUCGAGUAGAGUCCUUGACAUUAUCUGAGAAUAAGAUUUUGGAUUUAGAGAGAUUGAUCUUCUGUCCAGACCUAGAGCAGAAAAAGCCUAAUAAAUCAUUCAGAUAGAUAGCGUUAUGCAGAGUGGCUUUCCCAUUGAACACAAGUCCAUUGCACUUUCCAUAUAAAUCGAUAAAUUCCAUCAAAUUCUUCUUCAGCGUUUCGUAAAACCCCCUUCAUAGUUUUUCAUAUAGUCUCGUCCCUUUUCACAAGGAAACUAGAAAACUAGAAAUGGUUGCCCCAACAAGGAUUGGCCUUGCUGGCCUUGCAGUUAUGGGCCAAAAUCUGGCACUCAACAUUGCUGAGAAAGGAUUCCCAAUCUCUGUUUACAACCGGACCACCUCAAAAGUUGAUGAGACUGUUGAAAGAGCUAAAGAAGAAGGGAAUCUCCCAGUAUAUGGAUUCCAUGAUCCUGAAUCCUUUGUUCAUUCUAUCCAAAAACCCC